GAAACUGCUAGGUAAUAGGGUUGUAAACAAACCAACACUGGUUAUCAAGUAAUAGUGAGGAUGACACACACACACACACGAAAAAGGGGUUAUAACCCUGAAAUAUUGAAAUACAAGACCUGCAAUGCUGUCGCAGCAGUUUACUUAUCAAACUCUGAUUCCUCCUCACACCAACCCAUGAAUCAGGGUGUAAUGUCUAAUAUCAAAUCCCACUACAUCCGUCUCACUGCCAGCCAGCUUGUUGAAGAAAUAGGUAACGAAGAUAAGCAAUCUCAGAAACAACUGUAUAUUGUGACGGCCAUGGAUUAUAUCAAUGCAGUCCGGAAUGAAGUAACCGAGAACUGCAUGAACAGAGUUUGCAAGAAGUUAUGGUCAAAAGUAUGCAAUGACUUCUUGAACCUUUUUGAAAAAAUACUUACCAACAGCAGUCAUAAAUAACAUCUUUGAGCUGUUGGUCAAUGAAGGGAGAAUUCAAAAUAUCAAAGUGGAGUAUUUCGGAGAGUCAGUAGAUCAACAAGAGCGAGCACAUUAACACACCCAAAAUGAGCCUGAAAACACCUACUGUAGAGCCAGUAACACUAGAAAGUAUCUUCCCAACUGAAUU